GGUAGGUGGCGCUGAACUCCAAAACAGUGCAAACGGAACGCGCGCACGUGCGUCAGGCAACUACGAGCGCCAGUCAAAGAGAAAAAGCAGAAGUGUUCUCUAUUCUUUUCUAGUUGUCUGCAAUAGUAUGCCCCAGAUCGCAAAAUGAUGAUCAACUUGGAUGUGCUACUUUUCCUAAUAUCCCUUCUCUCCUGGUUCUUUCUGCGGCGGGCGCCUGGCAUCUAUGAAGUGAACCUGUUGGACCAGCUGGAACGUCGUCUGAACACGCUUGAGAACCAGAAAAAGAAACUCAAGCGUCAGCUGGCGGACGUCCGAAGCCGGGUCUCGAAGACGGAAGCCAAGCUUCAGGAAGAUCUUAACGCUGCCCGCGAGGGCCAGGCACAGGUAAAACGUACCUACCAGGCGGAGAAGGAAAAAAAUAUAUCUUUAGAAACGCAACUAAAAAACAAAAAUGAUGAACUGAGCAAACUCCAAGGUGAAAAGAAGAAUUUGGAAGUCGCCGUUUCGUCGUUGCAACGUAACGUCAAAACGGCCGCCGAGGUCCAGCGUCAAACUCGGGUGAGUCUCGACGAAGCGACGCGCAAUCUCGACGUCUGCCAGCGAAACCGCGAAGCCACCCUUAAACUUCUAGAAAUUGCGAGGCACGUCGUCUCGAGCACGUUGGACUGCGCUGUGGGCAUCGCCGAGCAGCGCAACGACGCGGUAGCACGGCUCUACCACAGCAUCAACUAUGGAGGCGUCCCCGUCACCCUGCAGGCCCUGACAGAGUCCUGGGCCUGCUGGGGCUGGGAUGUCCGAACUCGACGCAACCGCUACGAUGAAGUCUUUGCAAAUGCUCUCGAACAGUUGGGCUCCAACGAACUGAUCAACAUAGAAGAACUCACAUUGGCGCUACCAAAAGGAGAAAUUGCGGAACCAGAUUUCGAGUUUGAAGUGCUGUGCGACCUGAUGCGCCACUCCAUUUACCAGAGCACUCCGAAUAUGAUGGACAACACCGGGGAGUACUACAUGGACGUAGCACACGUGCCAUCAGUGGCAUCCGAGUGUGUGUCGCCCACCCCGUCCGGAAACUACACCCCCUCAAUCGGAGACUCGGGUGCUGGCGACGUGGGCAGAGCUACCAGGAAAGCUGGGUACCUUCGCCUGGCGAGAACGCUGCACAGGAGGAUGCCCAACGUUUCCGAAGAAGACCUAGUCGGGUACCUGGAGCUCCUGCGGUCGAGGAACGGAGGGCUGACGGGGUUGAAAAUCAGCGAGAUCAGGGAGGGAGUCUUGAGACUCAUGCGGCAAGGUGCAUCGAUGUUCUGAAACCGAGGCUACGAUGCUUUUGUGCUGUCGCAUACGGAGGACAAAGGAGUGUGAACAUUUUUUUAGUCGCGUCAUGCUUUUUCUUUUUUUUCGUGUCUCGGAGAAGGGAAGUGUGCAGAAACAAAUUCCACUGGACUCUUAAAAAUUCACUCUUGUUGUGCAGUAAAGUCGUGAGCACAAUUCAGAAUGUGUCAGACAAAUCGGUCACACGCAUUUUCAUUUUUGCCCUCGCUAGGCUGCCACUAAUAACUUAAAACUGCACAUCUUCCACGAGUUUUGCAAAUGUGUGGAUCUUAUAGACAAGCACUGUGUUUGUUGGUAUUUCAUGUUUACUACAGUGCCUACGUCUUCCAUUCUAUCAUGGCUGAAAGCAUCUUAUUUCGAGGAACAAAUUUCUAGUCACAAAGUGCCAUCUCAUUGGAAUGAAAUCGGGGAAAACAUUCCAACGCAUAGCCAUUUUUGCAGCCACUGUGAUAACAAAGUAGUAGUAUACUUCACGCUCACACAUGACAUGAUGACACCGGGAUGCAUAUUUUUGUAUCUUGUUUCAGUGUUUUAGCAAUACCAGCAGAAUCUCCGUACAUGCCAGUUCUGAAAACCAAAGUGCCGCCUGUAGAUACUCUUUUGGAUUCCAAUAAAUAAAUUAUGUACUAAA